AUGUCGCCGUUUCGCCCGCUGCGGCCGCGGCCAUUAGCCGAAGGGUCACCGGCCAACCUACGGCAGAACCCCGAUUCCAAUCCUGAUCCCAAUGCCGAGCCCGGUACCGGUACCGUACGCGGUCCCGGCCUUGGGCCUGGUCGACCUAACAUCAGCCUUCGCCGUCCUGCGCGGCCACGCAAGACCAACAUCGCCUGUGAUCCGUGCCGGAGGCGAAAGACAAAGUGCGAUGGACGGCUCCCACGAUGUGUUAUGUGUGAUCACCGAACGGAAAAUUGCGAAUACACCUAUACCGUCCGACAUCGUGUAACUCUUGCCGAAGUGGAGCAGUCCAAACGAGGUGGCCCUGCCGAGAUACUCGAAUCUCUUCGAACACUUCCGCCAGAACAAGCCCUCGAAUUGUUUCGCAAACUACGCAACGAGACGCCCGGACGUGCUUUGAAUCUUGCACGCCCAUCCGAUCAGCAACACCUUAGAGGCCUUCUCCCACCCACGCAGAACAGCCUUGGUUUCGAAUUGACGAUUCGACACCCUGUGGCAUAUCCUGCCCUGUUCCCGGUGCCGUACACGGACUUGACUCUCGGAGCCUUACUCCAGCCUGUGACGAAGGCAUGGUUGCAAGGGCAGCAGGGGCAGCAAGAUGCGUCUUCAAGACAGGUCUCCCCUUUCGGGGGUCCAUACCUGACUCCCGAGCGAGAUGAGGACGCAAGUUCAGGAUCAAAAACCGGUUCACCUGAUCAUACAGGGGCUGUGAAUCCCAAACCACUCUUCGACGAACGAUUACGUCUGCUUGAUGUCAGCAAGUGGACAAACAUCCCUAUACCGAACGACCUUGCCAUCAGUGUUAUAUCGCACUAUCUUGACAUUGAUUACGCUACGAUACCCCUUUUCGACGCCGACCUGUUUGUACGAGAUUUGGUUAAUGUUCAACAUUUCUUUUGCUCUCCGUUUCUUGUCACUGCCGUGUUGAGUUGGGCAUGUCAAGCAUAUACGACCCUCCAUACCGAUGCCGCCGCUUUCAGUGUAGCUCUUUUCGCGGAAUCUCAGCAGUACUUCUCUGAUCAGCAGCAACCCAAUAGCGUUACAACAGUCGCUGCACUUCAAAUCCUAAGCAUGUGCGCCGUGACGUACGGCAAAGAUGACAUGAGUCUUCGGUUCCUACAAGAAAGUGUCAGGUUGGGUAAAGCGAUGGGCCUCUUCAAUGUUCAGUCCGAGGCCGAAUCUGCGACCGUCUGGCUUGGCGGCCAUACAGAGUGGACGAGAGCGGCGUCAUACACGGCCUGGGGCGUUUACAAUUGGGUAUCGGUAUAUUCCCUCCACUACCGCGUCCACGAAAUCCACACACCGCCGUUGCUGCCGAUGCCUAGAGAUCUGGUCUUAUUUCUACCAAGCGACGAUCCGAGGUCAGCCAAGACCGCAUUCCAUGCCCAGCUCCUCAGUGCCGCGAGCGAUAUGUGGGUUAUCUUCAAGGACAUACUGGAAAGAUUCUACGGCCCUCAAUACCACAGCGCCACGCUCGAGUCGACACUGAGAUUCGCAGAAGGGACAUAUCACCGUCUACUUUGCUGGUCUGGCGCACUCUCUCUGGAUAUGGCAAGAGGCGAAGAAAGUAACCACAGCGUCAUGCUAUUGCACGUUUACUUCCACGCCGUGGUAACCGAUCUAUUCCGUCCUUUCCUCGCAACCGAGUACAAAUCACAGCGCCUCUACUCCUUCAGCACACAGCACGCUACCCCCGAAGCAGUCUAUGCCUCGUCCAUUACACAGCUCAAGCGACUACUCCUGCUCUACCGCCUGAGAUACAAGAACGCGAAUUACUCCGUCCUCUGGCAGACUGCAGUCGUCUACGUCGCCAACGCCAUGAUCCAAGAAGGGGGACUAUCACUACGGGCUGACGGCCAACCCGGAAAUGAAUGGAAGUUCUAUUUGGACGUCUGCCUCGCAGGCCUAGAGGACUUGUACGCGUCGUUCCCCGUCUUUGGGUCAAUCGCCCAGGGCAUGGUGGGCAUGGCGCUGCGACACUCGGCGAUACGAACAAACAAGGCCACCCGCGUCCUGGCGCAACUCGAUGAUAUCGAGCGGCGGCACGCAUCUCUCAAAGGCAUGACGGACAAGACGGAGGCGCGGUGGAUCAUCGACUUGAACCUUGCGACGACUGAUUUCGAGGGUGCUCAAGCUCGCAACCUCGUCGAAGAGCUUCAGAAGUUGAUGGUUGAGCAGACCGAGUCUGAGAAUCUGGGUGAUGAUGGAAAACAAUGA